AGAGGAACCAUUGAAGACACAUGCAGACACUCCUAAAAUGAAUGAAGUGAAGAAACCUGUAGUUAAACCUGUAGAGGAACCAUUGAAGACACAUGAAGACGCUGCUAAAAUGAACGUAGCGGAGAAACCUAUAGUCAAACCUGUAGAGGAACCACUGAAAACACAUGCAGAUGCUCCUAAAAAGGAGCUAGUGGAGAAACCUGAAGAAAAACCUGUGGAGGAACCAUUGAAGACACCUACAGAUGUUCAUGUAAAGAACAUAGUGGAGAAACCUGUGGAAGAAUCACUGAAGACACAUAUAGAGGAAACAGGGAAGACACCUGUGAAAACAGUCAAAACUCUACAUGAGACCCCAGCAAAACCCUCAGGUAUGCUGACUACAGAGAAUAAAGGAGAAAAUAUGGUUGAACAAGUCACAGUAGCACAUGCACCUAUAGUUGAAGCUCCACUUGCACCCAGACAAGCACAAAACCAGCCUACAUGUAUCCAACAUGGGGAGUCAUCAACUAAAACAACUACAGAACCAACUGAAGAGCACCACAAAUUGAACAGUAAAAUUCAGUUGAACAACAAAGAUAAAACCCUGUGUUCCUUCUGCAAGCUGCCCGUAGAUGGAAAUGUGAAAAUCUCCAUCAACAUUCCUGCCAUUUGCUGCCAUCCGGAUUGUUUCAAGUGUAAUGAUUGCAGCACUCCUCUGGGUGAUCUCUCUUCAUCUAUGUACCACUAUGCUGGGAAAAUCCUCUGCGGGAACUGCUUUGAUCAAAUCUUCCAGCUCUGAUGACUCAUCCCACAGCAACCUACUCCACUACAACUUAUCGCCAU